AUGGCCACCUACAGAGCUUGGAAUUUCAAUCGAUUUGUGCAUGACCUUAUUGAAAACUCUUUUGAGAGCUUAUCCAUUCUUUCUGUUGAUUCCAUAUCUAUCAUCUCCUCAUUGGUGCGCCUUGCUGGAGGUCUUUUCUUUCUCAGUGUGGCUUAUAUCUUGAAGCUCGUCUGUAAAGCAUGUGGCGGAGUCGACAUUUCGAUGGAACUCAAUCUCGAUCUCGAUGUUUCAGUUAUCAGCAAAUAUUUAUUGCAGACCAUAUCAGAUUUGUUAUAUUUGUCUGUCCUCUGGGUAUUCGUCGUCAGCUUAUUGGUCACCACCUUCCUCAUCGGGGCACUCUGCUUCCUUGUGCGUGUCGCAGGAAUUUUCUUUCGAAUGAUCGAAUCUAUUCAUAUUCCUCGAAGAAUUAGUUCAGUUGCUACAACAUUUGGAUAUAUCAGGGACUAUGUAACUUUCCAGUGUACAAUUUUGAUACCUUGGAAGUCGGCACGGAAAAUAUUGGACACGCACCCUCCCUCCAAGCUGGACAUCUAUCUUAAUGACGAGAUUCACCACAUCCUGAAAGCAAUUAUCUUUCAGAGACUUGAAGCGGAAUGCAGCUGUGCAUCCCAUACGGAGUACUGGUACGAUCACGAGGAGGAGGGUGGAGAGCAAGAAGAGAAUGCCAACAGUCCAGAAUACGCCGAGGCCGAAGCCCAAUAA